AUGAUUGUGUGGGUUCAGCUUCCGGCUAUGAAGAUACAUUUUUAUCAUAAGGAGGUUCUGACCACGCUGGGAAACCUUAUAGGGCGAAUGAUCAAGCUAGAUUUCCACACCCUUAACCGGCAACGAGCCAAAUUUGCUCGGAUGGCGGUGGAGGUCGAUCUUUCUAAGCACCUUGUUCCGAGAAUAUGGCUUGAUGACGCCUGGCAGAAAGUGGAGUAUGAAAAUCUUUCGGCGGUCUAUUUCGACUGCGGAAAGAUUGGGCAUACUGAGACAGGCUGCCCCCAUAGGCAACUUGCAAAUCCGACGGCCACUUUGGCGAUCUCCGGCAAGUCAUUGCCGGCCGAACGAGCUAAUCAAGCGGCGGAUGAACCGAACCCGGGCUUCGGGCCAUGGAUGCUGGUAACCCGCAAAAGUCACGGAAUCAACGGGAUGUGGAUAGAAAAGGAAAACAGGAGAGUGAAAGGGGGAAACCUGCCGCAUGAAACCUUGGUAAUUUGGGAAAAUUUUCUCCACCUGGGAAAGGAGCAAUUACUCUCACCAAGGAAUGUGGGAAUCUCCAGCAAUUGA